AUGGAGAGACUUGGGAAGGGAUAUUGGAAAGGGAUAUCAAAGAACUUUGUGAGAACAAGAAUUGCUUCUCAGAUUGCAAGUCAUGCUCAAAAGUAUUUUCUCAGCCAUAAUAAUCCUAAAAAGAAAUGCAGGACCAAUCUCUUUGAUGCACCAGCCAUCCCUAUGGUGUGUUCUUUUGGAGCUUCAAAAAUGCAACAUUUGCAUCAAAUGGUAAAAAUUGGAGGUGGUGAUGAUGAAAUCUGGAAAAAGGAGCAUAUAUAUAAGAAGGGCCAGAGAUACAGCUUGAAGAGAUUUUCUUAUUUGUUUUUUGUUUCCGUUUUAGAAGGAAUCAUAACUGUUAUUUAUAAAUUAAAAGAGAUGGACGAUGAGAAGAGAAGCAAAGAAACAACAAAGUAUGAGAAUAGUUACUUUGAUGUUCUUGGGCUUUGCUGCACUUCGGAAGACCCUUUAAUUGAAGAAAUUUUGAAGCCUCUUGAAGGUGUUAAAAAGGUUACUGUUAUGGUCCCAUCCAGAACUAUCAUUGUUGUUCAUGAUUCUCUUCUCAUUUCUCACCUUCAAAUUGAUGUUUGA